UCAAACUCUCAUAUCACUCAUUCAGCCUGGUCAAUGUAUACUUGAACUCUUGUUUCUCCAAGUCGCUUCUCAAGUCUAUAACCUCAUCAGCUCUAUUCGAUCAAAUAUCAUAUUCCUUCUUUUGCGACUCCCUUUUAAGUGUCAAAGAUAUCGGCAACUCGGAUGUGUACAACACAUUUAUCCAGAGUCAAAAUGAGGACAUAACAUUCACUAUGGAAAAUGGUGAUUUGGAGCUUGGAGACGUAGACAUAAUCCAAAAGGGCACCCGGAGUCUGCUUGAGUGUGUAAGAAAUGAAGUCAAGCAUAUGGAGUCGUUUUCACCAAAGAUUUACAUGGUACCUAGCGUAAUACGAGAUCUGAGCGCUAGUUCUUUUGGCCCUCGGGUGGUCUCUAUUGGACCUCUGCACAGAGAAGAUGAGAAUGUGCAAGCUUUUGAAAAGCGGAAAACAAUUUUUCUGGUUAAUCUAUUGAAUCGUAUUGAUUCCUCAGAGCAUGAAAUAUUGUUAUCAUGUAUGCAGAAGGUGCACGCUUCAAUGGAACGUAUUAAACAAUGUUAUGUUUUGACGAAGACCUACGAUGACGCUACAGUUGCCAAAAUGUUGGUUAUGGAUGCUUGCUUCAUACUUGAAUUCAUUUACUGGUAUUCGGUGUCAGAUAAACCAUAUCCAGGAAACAAUUUGUGUCCCUUCACUCUAUUAACUGACCUGGUGUUGCUUGAAAACCAAAUUCCUUUCUUUUUUCUUAACGAAAUAUAUGAGUGCACUAUAUCGAAGAAUCAUCCUAACCUCUCCCUUAUUCAAUUUCUGCAUCCACUUCUACAUGACCUCGGUAUCUUUAAAUAUCAAGAACCGAUUAAAACCAACAAUAUUUCUGUUGAUGCCACACAUCAUAUUCUUAGCCUUCUACAUCAAUGUUAUGAGCCUCAAAAAAAUAUUAAGUCUUCACGUGUCUGUCCGAUAAGUAUAUAUUCGGCUGUAGAUCUAGAGAGAGCGGGGGUCAGCAUCAAACCUUACAAAGAUCCAUCAUGGGUGAUGGGGAUGAAAGCAAAACCAUAUAUGUUUCCAUAUUUGUUUGGGUCUUGCGGUAAGCCUACUCUUGGUAUGCCAAUAUUGACUAUUGAUGAUACUACCGAGUUGGUUUUAAGGAAUCUCAUUGCAUACCAACAGUCGGGUCAAACUCGUAGUCAUAUUACAUCAUAUGUGUGGGCCAUGGAUAUGUUGGUUAAUACUGAAGAAGAUGUUGCCAAGUUGGUAGAAUCGGGUGUUCUUGUUAAUGAAAUGGGUUCAAAUGAAGAAGUUGCUAAUAUUAUUAACGGCUUAGGCAACGGACUUGUAUCUCAAGGAUUCUUCUACAAGGAACAAGUGGAUACAUUAUAUGAGUGCUGCAAUGGUUACUGGCCAAAACAUAUGGCCCGGUUGAAGAGGACUUAUUUCAGUAGUCCAUGGAAUAUGAUUGCUCUGUUGGCUGGAACCAUCUUAUUUGCUCUAACAGUGGUUCAAACCAUCUUUACCAUCAAGUCUACAUCAAACUGAUACUUGCAAAUACCGACUAUCAUGCAUGUUGCAUGGAUAUGGGAGUGUCACUUAAAUCUGAUUGGAUUGUAGGGUAGUUUGUAUCCUUUAGUGGAGUAGUGUCAGUUAACCAGUUAACCAGUAGUGGACUAGUAGUUUCCUUCUUGUAUUCGUUUGUUUGUGGUUGUAAGGCUAUAAAUUACUCCGUCCCAUUAAAAGUGUUAUAUUUUAAAUUUUUAAAGUCUUUAUUUAUAAACUUUUACCUUAAAUAAUUUUGUUUGUGUUAAAUAAUAUUUGAUGAAAGUUAUAUGAUUUGAGUGUGUUUUACAAGUGUUUUUAUUGGGUUAAUUUUCAUCAAAUUUUAUGUAACACAAAAAUAUUUAAUUAAACUCAAAGUUUAUAAAUAAAGACUUUAAAAAUUCAAAAUAUGACACUUUUAGUGGGACGGAGGUAAUAGCCAUUAUUAGGUUCAUUUAGAAGUGAAUGAAAUAAUGAAAUGAGUAUCUUCUAAAAUC